AUGACAGACUCGUCAAACGCGCUGCUCCCGCAAUAUCUGCCCUCCAGUCAGACCGUCCCCCUCCUUCCACCUGGUCCCGUCUCCAAAGAUGAAGUGGCACACAAGGUCGAGUCGGUAGAGGAGGAGCCCUACACCAUCAAGUGCAUCUGCAACUUCACUGAUGAUGAUGGGAACACGAUUUACUGCGAGACAUGCGAUACGUGGCAACAUAUUGAAUGCUUCUACCCCGACAACAGGGAGGAGGCCAUUCGCGAAGACUUCGCCCACGCCUGCGCUGAGUGCAAUCCCCGUCCUCUCAAUCGACAAAAGGCCAUCGAGCGGGCCAUGCACUUGAGGAGGGGCUCCGGCGCAGACGGUUCUUCGGAAAAGAAGUCGAGACGCCCUCCCUCAAAAAGCCACAAGAAGAAGCCCAGACUAGAUGCCCAGCUCAAUGGCGCUACCGAUACUGGCAAAAACGGGAUCCCGGGGGAUCAGCCUCCUCCGGCAAAAAAAAACAAGUCCUCACAUCGCCCUUCACAAUCCGUCAGCUCUCAACCCUCUAAACGGAGUCCUUCAUACUCGAAUCUACGAACAAACCCUGUACAUCCUCCAAGCCCCGCUACUAGCCCUCCCAACCUCCCAGACGACUUUCAAAUACACCACUACUCUGCAGGAUUCUGCGCCCUCUACAGCGAGCACAAUGUGCCCGAUACCCAGAAUAACGCAUUUGCCAGCCUUGCCAUUCCGACGGCACUGUCUCGCUGGCUCCGCGACCCCGAAACACUGAAGAAGGAGGUUGGUCGGUCACAUGCCGAAGUAUUCCAGGAUGUGGCCUCUGUUGCUGAGGGCAAGAAACCCAAGCUCGAGGUCAAAGACAUUCUGACGCCGGUGGAGCCGGGAAGGACACUCCGCUUGCGUUUCCUUAAGUCGGCAACGCCAGUGGAGAAGGAUGUACCGCUAAUCGAGCUGAAUGGCGAGAUUGGAUUCCAGAAGGAUUAUUGUUCAGAACCCGGAAACCUCUGGGCCAACAUUUCGUCACCUUUACCAUUUGUCUUCUUCCACCCGGUGCUGCCUCUAUAUAUUGACACGCGGAAGGAAGGAUCUCUGGCUCGCUACGUGCGACGGAGCUGCAAACCGAACGCUCAGCUGGAUACCUAUCUUCACGAAUCCGAGUAUCACUUCUGGCUCGUCAGCGACCGAUACAUUGCCGCGCAUGAGCAAAUAACUCUACCGUGGGAUUUCAGGCUGAAAAAGGAUGUCAGCGCACGCUGGCUCCAGCUGCUGGGGCUGAGCGACGACGACGGCCCUGCUCGCAGCGAGCCUGACAUGGAUGAGGCCGAGUACAUCGCCAUUUCGAACUGGAUUGACCACAUUCUCUCCGAGUACGGGGGCUGUGCAUGCGAGUUGGAGAACAAUUGCGCCUUUGCGCGCUUCCAUCGUCACUACUUGCAUGGUAGGAGUAACGGUGCAGUACGGCCUAACGGAUCCAAGAAGAAGCAGCGCAAACAACGGACUCAUACCAUCUCCCCGACCAGCACUGGCCAUGCUAGCCGGGCCCCUAGCGAAGGCCAUCCCGAAGACGGCCUCGAUCAGGAUACGAUAUCGCAAUCGGGAUCGCGCAGCAAGCCCUCGAGCAGAGACCCCACGCCGAAUCGCCAAGGAUCUCUCGACCGCUUGGGCAUCCUCACCGAACCGACUGACCGUGAUAAGCGAAAGGUGGCCAUGGUGGAGGACUCUUUCCGACGCAUGGAGCAGCAGCAGCCGCCACGGAAGAAGAAGCGUGUGUCAGACGGGACGUCCAGCUCUUCCAAAUCCAGACAGCUGCACACUUCUGUUUCUGGCGGCCAGUACGUCGAUACCGGCGCUGGUCGGAGCAAGUCUGGCUCCCCCUCUACGGUGAACUCACCCACGUUCACGGAUGUCUUCAAGACUCCAAGGCCACACUCGGUGACUGGGCGCUCACGGCACACCUCGGCCAACCCUCGCCCGGUGUACUGCAACGCUGCGAUCCAGACGGACCCUGUCGAGGGAGAGUGGUUCAGCAGCCCACCGAAGGCCGCAGCACCUAGGCGGAGAGUCAUUUCACUUGCUCAGCGUCUCUUGGACAAUCGCAAGAAGCAGCGUGCAGAUGAGGAGCGGCGGAGGCAGCAAUCGUUAGCACAUGAGGCCUCACCUGGCCCAGCUAUGGAGAUUGACUCGCCCACACAACCGAACAAGCCUCUGCCUGACACCGGCACCAGCACCGCCGCCGAUGCUGGCAACGCCACUGUAACUAGCGACUCAGGCGAUACCAAUGCCCCUUCGAAGACCACUCAGCCUGACCAUGCUAAGGCGGAGGAUGCGCCAACCGAAAUUUCUCCACCUACCGUACCCGACAGCGCUGUGGACCCAGUCAAGAUGAAGCCCUCCGACCUCCAGGUGCAGAUGCCGCCUGUGCCGACGUUUGACGGAAACAUCGCGAGCUCCCUCAGUGCGGCGACACCUCAAUCGACGACCAGCUCGGUGGUGCAGCCACCAUUUCCACCGAACCUGAGCGGUGCAGCAGUGAACGGCGCAAAUGCCCAGCCGUCCCCGGCAAAGAAGAAGCUCAGCCUCAGCGACUACACGAAGCGGUCGAUGAACAAGGCGAAAACACCGGUGGUUUCGACGGCCUCGAGGCCGACGCUUCUGAGCCCGGAAGAGGCCAAGCCGGCUCUCUCUCUGGACACGCAUAAUGUCAAGUCAGAGAACGAAGUUUCGCCUACGACAACUGGGUUGAAUGGCCACCCAUAA